CAGACACACAGCACGCUCAGCAUCACACACACACACUCUAUGAACUGUGCGAUUAACAAUCAUCUGCCUGUUUGUCUCGAUCACCUCGAAAUUACAAAUGAAAUCUACAGAAGUGGAUCCGGGGUUAUUCACUGACAGCUACUGCAAAGUGUGCAGCGCUCAGCUUAUCUCUGAGUCACAGAGAGUCGCCCACUAUGAAGGCAGUGCGGAGGGGGACGUGGACAAGAACAAGUGCUGCACACUGUGCAAUAUGUCAUUCACUUCGGCGGUGGUGGCCCAGUCGCACUACCAGGGCAAGAUCCAUGCCAAGAGACUCAGGCUACUGCUGGGGGAGCCACCUGCCAUCACAUCUAAAGAGGAGACAGCCAGUUCAGAGCAUAUGGUGACUGAAGACUCGGCAGGAAGUCCUUCCAUACAUGGCAAACUCUCACAGCGCUACUGCCAAAUGUGUAAGGCCUGGUUCAACAACCCCGGCAUGGCCAGACAGCACUACGACGGAAAGAAGCACAAAAAAAACGCAGCCCAAGCUAACCUCCUCGCACAGCUGGGUAAAAGUCUGGAGGACGGGGAUGAUCUAAACGGCCUGAAGCGGAGUCACACGUGUGAGGUCUGCAGUGUUACGCUCAACUCCGUGGCACAAUACCACGCACAUCUGCAGGGCUCCAAACACCAGAACAACCUGAAGAACAAAUGAAGUUUAAUGAAGCUCCCCUAUUUCAUCUCUACUCUUGAAACUAUUUGAGGAUCUGUCUGUGGAAGUCAAGGCAACUUUACGACAGCACAUGACAAUGAUAUCAGUUCAUAUUCUCUUGAUCCACUGUGUUAAUGACAGCGAUAUGGACACUACCAGUAAAGCCAGAGACUCGGACAGUGACAAUGGAUAAUGGACAAGUGCUUUUUGCUAAAUUUGUACAUAAUAGAAAGAAAAAAAAUCACAUCCUGAUCACUUUAAUGUAUAUAUUUAAGGCAUGUCGAAUGGCGUGAUUUGAUUGUAAUUGUAUUUCAGAUUUUAAUUUAAAUGUAUUUUAAUUUGUGUGUGUAAGAACUGAACAUUUUGUAUUAGAGUCAAAUUGUAACUCAAAGGUUAUAGCUCUCUGUAGUCCACUAAAGAUGGAUUGGGUUUUCUUGUUUUAUUUUGUACAUACAGUACAGUCUGGGAGAAUUGCUCUCGGAUGAUAUUAAAAUGAGAAUUCAAUCAGCAUACUAGUAAAAGUAAUGACCUGAAGGACAAUUAUUGUUUUUACAAACACUUUUUCAACAUUAGCUUCUGUAUGAAUAGAUAGAAAAAAAACUAUUUACUAUCUCUUGCAUUGACGGUAAAAGAAAGAAACCCAAGAAAUUACUAUAAGGAAGUAUUACCGAAAUUAAAACGUUAAUAGUCUGCUAUCAUGCAUUUUAGUGCUUUUCACAAAGGACUAAAUGCUGCUGAUUUCCAUGUGUGCACUGUUCCGUUUUAAAAAGCCAAAAUAAUCGAAUAAUCCCCAAACCGAUAAUGACCUUUAUAAAUGAAGCAUUGUUUAUUAUUAAAAUACCGUUUUGUCUCUUUGAAAUGACAUCCUAAACAAAAAAACACUUCUGACUAAAUACAGUUAGUAGUCCUGUUUUCUUGAUAGUACGUUAUCAUGAAGCUUCAAACUCUAUCAGUGUGACUGCUCUACUUACAGUGUUGUGAUGCUUAUUCACACUCAUUUGGCAAGUGCCACUGUUGAUUUUGUACUGGAAUGAGAAGCAAACAACAGAAACAAACGUCUCGGUGUUUCCCAAAGGCCUUUUUCAUAGUGUUUUUCAUUCUGCUAGAAUAAUGUGCAUGGCAAGAGGACCCACAGGGCUUUAAAGAUAAAAGGAAUGACGUCAGACAGUCUUUAAAAAUAAAAUGGAUUGCAAGUGAUUCCCAACAGACAGUGGCUGGAUCUGUGAAGGGCCCGGAGGGGUCUCUUUUGUAAGAUAGAUCUGAUGACUGUUUUCUGAUGUACUGAGAAAGUUUCUCAAAAUCUUUAGCAGGUUUCAUCAUGCUAUGAGAAAGUACAGUUACUGAAAUCUUAAAACACAAUUAAGGUGGCAUAAUAUUGAAAUGCAGUUUUAGUUAAUAAAAUAAGCCAGUUUAACCACUGCAGUUUGAUUAAGUUUUUCUGUAGCAAAUUGCAGCUGUGAGUCCGUAUUUCUGAGGGUCCAGCUCAUUAUGCAUCUGAUCAUGAUUGAUUAUUCAAAUAUAUGUCAUAUAAGGGCCAUUGAUAGUGUAUACAGCUCAUUUACCUUUAAAUAAUAGCAUAUAGAGGGUUAUGGAUAUGAAAAUGUUGUGUACAAGAAGCCAACAUUGUUCUGUCAUAUGAAUUGAAUUUGUGAGGUAAAAGCUAAAUUUUUAAAAAGUAUCCCCAUAGCACACAUGCAUGUCGCAGGCCUCUGAAUUAUGUUGAGUUCAUCUGCAAUAUGUCCUUACUAGAGAUUUCUAUUAGAUGUCAGAUAGACGAACUGUAUGUGCUAUCUGGGUCUGUAAUCAUCACUCAGUAAUCUGUAAUUAACUACAAUAAAGUCAUUUGGCUAGUUUCAGUCAUGGUAGUGAUGUAAACUGUUCAGUUUUAAUGGUCCUUUCGAUAUUAACCAUGUUUAAAAAAUAAAUAACAUAUAAUUAAACCAUGGUAACCACAAAUUAGCCAUGGUUUUUCUAUGCUAACCGUAGUUUAACCAUGGUAUUUGUAGUAAAAACAUUUCUACAUUUUGACUAAAAACCAUGGUUAAUUUGCAUAAAUUGGACAUCAUCGAGCAAUAAAGCAAAUUUUCAUUAUAUCUAGCAGAUAAAACCAAGGAUUCAUGUUGUAUGUUGUUCUGCUUUUCAAAGUCUGUCAAUCUUUACUUAUUUUUUUAGAUGAACCGGCUCCCUUCUUUAAUUUGACCAUUGCAAAUUGCUGUGUUAAAAACAAGCCACUAAACAGACCGUGAUAGUCAUCCUGUCAGUCAGUUAUUACAGAGAUCCGCUUGUAAACUUGUUUUUACUCAUUCCCGGAGAAUCCGAGGGAGGCUAAAAUUCUUCCAUAUGUUGGCUGCUGCAUGUUGGAGCAUUUCUUCGGUUUGAGGACUGUGGUUACUUUGUAUUUAUUGGCUAUAAAAGCUGAAGUAAAUUCACGGAAGACUGUACUUUGCUCAUUCCGACUGAUGGACAGGCGGACGGAUAAAUCAUAGUUAAAGGGAUAGUUCAUCCAAAAAUGAUUUACCAUCGAAAUGUUCUAAAAUGUGUAUCGCUUUCUUUCUUCUGUGGAACAUAAAACAAAUUAAUUUUAUUCUCAGUGGCUUUUCAUUCAUUUAGUUUAAGUCAAUGUAUGGAUGUGAUUGUUUUCCGUAAUAGAUGAUCUAUAUUUUUUCCCAGCAACUGUAUUUAGCAACAAAGUGUUGUUCUCACUAAAAAAAAGUGGAGGACAUGCCACAGUACAAAGUACACCACAUACAAAAGUGCAAAUCCUUUACUGUCCAGAAGGUGGAGGCAUGUGCAAAAUUUUGGAUAGAAAACCAGUCGAAUGACUGCACAAAACGAAUCAUUUACAAAUUAACAAGAGUCUAAUCAAACCAGACGUAUUGAAAUGCAUCAAGACGUCUAAACACAGUCCAAUCUCGUUUGCUUUAGACUAUAAUAGUAUAAGACAACUGGAAAGCUUUUUUAUUUUUAUUUUUUAUUUUUUUACUGACAACAUAAAACCAGGAUGUUUAAUGUGGUUUUGCCCAAUUUUCAGUUUUUCCUUUGCUUUUCCCCAGGACCAGAUUGAUAUGUUUCCUUUUUUUUUAUUGUUUAUUGUAAUUUUGACCUUUUUAAAAUGUGGUGCCACAUAUCAAAGAGUGCAUAGCAUUACAUUUUCAAAAAUACCGAAGGCCAAUUAUAAGAGGCAAAAAAACCUAUUUGUAUUCAGAAGAACUAGAUAAAUAUGGCACAGAAUAACCUCAAGAGGAAAGCAUUCCAGCUACCAGUUAAAUGAACUUGCAGGAAAUAUCUUGAGGCUGAACUUUAAUCAGCAGAAUGCAUGACAGUUUUCACUGUUUAUCGCGGCCUGUGGAGAUCCACUCAGAGUAAACACAAGGGAGGGACACUUUUACCACAAGAUGCCUGCUUUAAGAUCUAAAUCUAAACUGCAGUUUAAAAAGUACUGCAAAUACAACAGUUGUAAUAAAGAGGUUAAGAAUUUAUUUUAAAGAAUAUCAGGUUAUAUAUUUGAGAAACCAUAAAUAGCCUAAAAAUAUAUUUUCUCUUGUUUUACACGCACACACACACACACACACACACACACACACACACACACACACACAAACACAUACACACACACAGACACUCACACACCCACACACACACACACACACACACACACACACACAAAGGCUGAUCUCAGUCAGCCAGACAGGACCAAGGGUAUGAAUAGCCUAAUAUACCUACGAAGUCUAUCUUUGGGAAUUUUUUCCAUCUUACUUUCAUUUCCAAGGAAGAGUUUCGUGCCAAGAGGCAUUAAGAAGAGAGAACCCAUCUGUAUUACUCAUCAUCAUACAGUACUGAUUUUGUCAAUUGUAAGUUCAUAGUGUAAUAAGAUUGUGUCAAUUGUAUCAGUCUAAUGAAAAUGUGGCAUUCUGUGGAAUUGUUUUCAGCAUGCAACAAGAAAAAUACCCAACAAAAUCACAAUAUAAUUGUGCUACAAGUGUGCCUGCA